AUGCAGCGACACGACAAAAUUGUGGAGGAUGUCUCCAUGAGGAUACGCGACCUUCACAAAAUUGGACAGCCAUACCGAAUAUCACAUGGCUCCUCGAGCAGUACCCGACCCCGUCAUUCACCAAGCACCAACGUCAUCGAUAUAAGCAUGUUAUCCCAGGUCAUUUCUGUUGACACAGAGAAAAAGACAUGUCUCGUAGAGCCCAACGUCCCGAUGGAUCGGCUAGUCGAGGCAACAAUGCCAUACGGUCUAAUACCCCCAGUUGUGAUGGAAUUUCCUGGGAUCACAGCAGGCGGUGGUUACUCGGGAACAUCAGGGGAAAGCAGCUCUUUCCGCCAUGGGUUCUUCAACGAAACGAUCAACUUUGUGGAGAUGAUUCUCGGCAAUGGAGAUGUCGUAAGGGCAUCCCCUGAAGAGCGAGAAGAUUUGUUCUACGGUGCUGCGGGUGCUGCGGGUACUUUGGGUGUUACAACGUUGCUCGAGGUCCGGCUUGUCGAGGCCCGGAAAUUCGUGAAAACAACCUAUCAUCGUGUUGACAGUGUUAGCACUGCGGUUUCAGAAACACAGAAAUGUUGUGGGGUUCCGGAUACCGAUUAUGUUGAUGGAAUUCUCUUUUCGAAAGACCAUGGCGUUGUCAUCACUGGACAGCUUACAGAUCACAAACCUCCCGAAUCUCAUCUUGUCACCUUCAGCAAUGCUGCGGAUCCCUGGUUCUAUCUUCACGUGCAGGAAAAGACGAAAGAUCUUCUGCCGUCUUCGCAUGUCACUGAGUACAUCCCACUCGGAGAAUAUCUCUUUCGUUAUGACAGAGCUGCCUUUUGGGUAGGACGCCAGGGCUAUACUUAUUUCAAGUUUAUACCAUUCAACCGAUUUUUCCGAUGGCUUUUGGACGACUAUUCUCAUACCAGGACAUUGUACCACGCUCUUCAUGCAAGUUGUAUUUCAGAACAAUUUGUCGUCCAAGAUCUUGCACUCCCAUACGAUACAGCUGAGGAGUUCAUUGACUGGGUCGAUUCUGAACUUGGCAUAUGGCCUUUGUGGCUGUGUCCGCUAAAGGAAGCCAGGAUGCCCACCUUCCAUCCUGUUACUACCAGCGUGGAAAAGCAUGAGGUUGGCGAUGACGAAGUCGAUAUGUCGCAGCCUAUGCUCAAUAUUGGCGUCUGGGGUUGGGGUCCAAGGAAUGCCGAGGAAUUCAAGGCUAAAAACCGCAGCCUGGAGAAGAAGCUGGCAGACUUGAGAGGUCGAAAGUGGCUGUAUGCUCAUGCAUACUACACCGAGGAGAAAUUUUGGGAAUUGUACGAUCGUCCCUGGUAUCGGAACUUGAGGGAACGUUACUUUGCAACGACCCUCCCGACAGUUUACGACAAAGUCAAACAACCCGAGGGACCGAAUGGCCAGACUGGGGGCGAAGGAUGGAGUUGGAAGUCUCUAUGGAACAAAUGGCCAAUUGGAGGCCUUUAUGGAAUGUACAUGGCUUUUAAUUCUGGAGAUAUCAGUCUCCAUAGACAGACGACAUGGAAGUACAAGAGCGAGUAG